CUGUUGAUGGAUCAGUGAGCCCGUGUUCAUGCCAGUGAGCUGCUUGGCUCAGAUACUGAUAUUUUCUUUCCAAACAUCAUAAGAAGUGAUUGAGCCACGAGUACUGAAGGAAGGGCUCCUGGAGUUGUGGUGUGAAGAGAAGGAUCACCAGAUCAGAGGACGGUGUGGGGCAGCAGUGGAGAGAUGGCAGCAUUUGUAUGAAGUUUGAGCACACCCGGGAAGCAAGUCACAGACUAUGCACCCAACUGCUGCUGUUCAGUCCGGGGAAAAUGAAAGGUGGCGUGCUAUGGUUCAUUUCUUUCUUCACCUUCACUGAUGGCCACGGUGGCUUCCUGGGGAGAAAUGAUGGCAUGAAAUCAAAAAGAGAACUCCUUGUGAAUAAGAAAAACCAUCUAGGCCCAGUCCAAGAAUAUGAGCUGCUGCUUCAGUUGACCUAUGGAGAUUCCGAGGAGAAGAGAGAUUUGAGGAAUUUUCUGAAGCUCUUGAAACCUCCAUUAUUAUGGUCACAUGGGCAAGUGAAGAUUAUCAGAGCAAAAGCUACCACACACUGCAGCAGCCUACAUGGGGUCCUUCAGUGUACCUGUGAAGACAGCUACACCUGGUUUCCUCCCUCAUGCCUCGAUCCCCAGAACUGCUACCUCCACACGGCUGGAACAUUCCCGAGCUGUGAAUGUCAUAACAACCUUAGCCAGAGUGUCAAUUUCUGCGAGAGAACAAAGAUUUGGGGCACUUUCAAAAUUAAUGAAAGGUUUACAAAUGACCUUUUGAAUUCAUCUUCUGCUGUAUACUCCAAAUAUGCAACUGGAAUUGAAAUUCAACUUAAAAAAGCAUACAAAAGAAUUCAAGGUUUUGAGUCCGUUCAGGUCACCCAAUUUCGAAAUGGAAGCAUUGUUGCUGGAUAUGAAGUUGUUGGUUCCAGACAUGCAUCUGAACUGCUGUCAGCCAUUGAAGAGGUUGCAGAGAAGGCUAAGGCAGCCCUUCGCAAGCUGUUCCCAUUAGAAGACAGUUCUUUCAGAGUGUUCAGAAAAGCCCAGUGUAACGACAUUGUCUUUGGAUUUGGGUCCAAGGAUGAUGAAUAUACCCUGCCCUGCAGCAGUGGCUACAGGGGAAACAUCACAGGCAGGUGUCAGUCCUCUGGGUGGCAGGUCAUCAGGGAGACUUGUGUGCUUCCUCAGCUCGAAGAACUGAAGAAGAAUUUCAGUAUGAUCGUAGGCAAUGCCACUGAGGCAGCUGUGUCAUCCUUGGUGCGAAAUCUUUCUGUCAUCAUUCAGCAAAGCCCAUCAUCCACAGUGGGAAAUCUGGCUUUGGCGGUGUCGAUUCUGGGCAAUAUUUCAUCUCUGUCACUGGCCAGCCAUUUCAAGGUGUCCAAUUCAACAAUGGAGGAUGUCAUCAACAUAGCUGACCAUAUCCUUAGCUCAGCCUCAGUAACCAGCUGGACAGUCUUACUGCAGGAAGAAAAGCAUGCCAGCUCACGGUUACUAGAGACAUUGGAAAACAUCAGCGCUCUGGUGCCUCCAACAGCUCUUCCUUUGAAUCUUUCUCGGAAAUUCAUUAACUGGAGAGGGAUUCCAGUGACCAAAAGCCAACUCAAAGGGGGUUACAACUAUCAGAUUGAAAUGUUUCCCCCAAAUACAUCUAUUCCCGUCAGAGGCCAUGUGUUAAUUGGGUCAGACCAAUUCCAGAGAUCCCAUCCAGAAACCAUUAUCAGCAUGGCCUCGUUGACUCUGGGGAACAUUCUACCUAUUUCUAAAAAUGGAAAUGCUCAGGUCAAUGGACCUGUGAUAUCCACAGUUAUUCAAAACUAUUCCAUAAAUGAAGUUUUCCUGAUUUUUUCCAAGAUAGAGUCAAACCUGAGCCAGCCUCAUUGUGUAUUUUGGGAUUUCAGUCAUUUGCAGUGGAGCGAUGCAGGCUGCCAUCUAGUGAAUGAAACUCCAGACACUGUGAUGUGCCGAUGUACUCACUUGACCUCCUUCUCCAUGUUGAUGUCACCUUUUGUCCCCACUACGAUCCUCCCCGUUGUGAAAUGCAUCACCUACGUGGGACUGGGUAUCUCCAUUGGAAGUCUCAUCUUAUGCCUGAUCAUCGAGGCUCUGUUUUGGAAGCAGAUUAAAAAAAGCCAAACCUCACACACACGUCAUAUUUGCAUGGUGAAUGUAGCCCUGUCCCUGUUGAUUGCCGAUGUCUGGUUUAUUGUUGGUGACACAGUGGGCACCACAGUGAACCCUUCUGGAGUCUGCACAGCUGCUGUGUUCUUUACACACUUCUUCUACCUCUCUUUGUUCUUCUGGAUGCUCAUGCUUGGUAUCCUGCUGGCUUAUCGGAUCAUCCUCGUGUUCCAUCACAUGGCCCGGCCUUUGAUGAUGGCUGUCGGAUUCUGCCUGGGGUAUGGGUGCCCUCUCAUUAUAUCUGUCAUCACCAUUGCCGUCACACAACCUCGCAAUACCUACCAAAGGAAAGAUGUGUGUUGGCUUAACUGGUCCAGAGGAAGCAAACCACUCCUGGCUUUUGUUAUCCCUGCACUGGCUAUUGUGGCUGUGAACUUCCUUGUGGUGCUGCUAGUUCUCAUAAAGCUCUGGAGGCCAGCUGUUGGGGAGAGACUGAGUCAGGAUGACAAGACCACCAUCGUCCGCAUGGGGAAAAGCCUCCUCAUUCUGACUCCUCUGCUAGGGCUCACCUGGGGCUUUGGAAUAGGAACAAUAGUGGACAGCCAGAAUCCGGCUUGGCAUGUUAUUUUUGCUUUACUCAAUGCAUUCCAGGGAUUUUUUAUCUUAUGCUUUGGAAUACUCUUGGAUAGUAAGCUGCGACAACUUCUGUUCAACAAGUUGUCUGCCUUAAGUUCUUGGAAGCAAACAGCAAAGAGUUUGAAUGAAAGAGCAGGACCCCAAGGACCCCAGAUGACAGAUGAUGAGCAGCAAAACUCAUCAGAUUUAUCUGCCAAACUCAAAUUCUCAAAGCCUUUCAACCCAUUGCAAAACAAAGGCCACUAUGCAUUUACUCAUACUGGAGAGUCUUCCAAUGACAUCAUGCUAACUCAGUUUUUCUCAACUGAAUAAGCAAGGAACCAUAAAAUCAAGAAAAACAUUUCAAAACAACUUGACAUUUAGAGAUAAAUGCCAAUGAAGAAAUUAUGCUCAGUAUUAGAUUGGAUUUUCUGAUUUAGGAGUCCGGGAAUAAAACAAGAAUGUCUCAGUGGCUU